AUGGCAGAAGUGAAUAUUCUGGUAGGAAAGGACCGGUUUAACUGUUCAGUGUGCCAGGAGAUAUUGAAGGACCCAGUCAUUAUUCCAUGUGGACACAGUUACUGUAUGGGGUGUAUUAAGAACUGCUGGGAUCAAAUUGAUCAUGCAGGUGUCUACAGCUGCCCCCAGUGCAGAGAGACCUUUACCCCAAGGCCUGUUCUGUGCAGAAACACCAUGCUGGCUGAAGUUGUGGAGGAAUUAGAGAAGACAGGACUCAAUCCUCCUCCUGCUCAAAGUUAUGCUGGACCUGGAGAUGUGCCAUGUGAUUUCUGCACUGGGAGAAAGUUCAGAGCUGUGAAAUCCUGUUUGAUGUGCCUGGCCUCUUACUGUGAAACACACAUCAAGCCACACUAUGAGGGGGCUGCUUUCAAGAGGCACAAGCUGAUCAAUGCAAUUGGAAAUCUGGAGCAGAAGCUUUGUGCUGAACACCAACGAGUUUUGGAGGUCUUUUAUGAAACCGAUCAGACGUGUAUUUGCUUGAUGUGUACAGACAAGGAGCACAAGAGCCAUGAUACAGUCUCAACUGAGACAGAAAGGAAAGGGAAACAGCAGUCUCUCUGUGCCCCUCCUGAAGCUGGAGACUUACCCAGCAUUACUGUCAAUACAGACAUCUCUUUUGGGGCUGUGAGGAAAGCUGUAUCUGAAAUUAAAGACCAUAUUGAGGACUUCUGCAAGGGUGGAUUAAGCAAAAUAACCAAAACAGUGAAUGAAAUAGCAGUUUAUACACUGGGGUCUAGGAGCAGUGACAGACGUUUAAAAGUGAAUGAAGUUGCAGUUUACAGCAUGCAGGCUCCAGAGCCAAGGAACAGAGCUGAGUUUAUAAAAUAUUCCUGUCAGCUUACACUGGACCCCAACACAGCGUAUAGAAAGCUCUGUCUGUCUGAAGGGAACAGAAAGGUGGAAUGCAGGAGCGAGACCCAGUCAUAUCCUGAUCACCCAGAGAGGUUUGACAGCUGGGCCCAAGUACUUUGCAGAGAGGGUUUGUCUGGGACACGCUGUUACUGGGAGAUUGAGUGGAGUGGGAGAGGGGCUAAUAUAGGAGUCACAUAUAAAGGAAUCAGCAGGGAAGGAAGGGGUCAUUCCUGUGCUCUUGGACGUAAUGACAAGUCCUGGAGUUUGUUCUGCUCAGGUUCCAGUUACACUGCUUGGCACAAUAACAAUCACACUAUAAUCACUGACCCACGCUCCCCCAGAAUAGGAGUGUAUCUGGACUUUAAUGCCGGCAUUCUGUCAUUUUAUGGAGUCUCUGACACAAUGACCCUCCUGCACAGAUUCCAAACCACAUUCACUGAGCCGCUCUAUCCUGGGCUUGGACUUUAUUGGGGUUAUGAUUUCCCUGGGUUUAGGGUUUGGAGUUAUGAUUCCACUGUAACAAUCUGCCAGCUGAACUAGACUGUUUUGUGUUUUAAGAAAAACCUUUGUAUUGAACUCCCUGUCUGUCCUCUCCACUCCUCGGGUGAAGGAAUGUUCAAUCUGACACAAUUUUGUAGGAAAGUUAGGGGGUAAAAUGGCAGCACUCUGUCAGGUUAGUGUUUUUGUAAUUGUAAACACUCACAAAUGGACUGGUGUUUCAACAUAAAAUGCUUAGUAUGUCCAGAGUAUUUAUUGAUUACAAAUACAUAAAUAGCAGCAAGUGGCAGACUUAGCUGGCAUCUACACAGUGCUAGAAUUUCCACAGCAAGGACUGAUAAGUAUCUCUUAAGGUGAGAGUAGCUCACUAAAUAAUUCCACUAUAUAUAUAUAUAUAUACAGUAUAUAUAUAAUUACUAUAUUGCACUUCCAUUGGCUACAUAGGUCUCAAAUGUGCAGGUCUGAAAAGCAUGAGCUCUGGUGCUACUUGAGGUUAAAGAAAGUGCUCAGUUUCUAUGACUUAUUCUCAGGGUGCAUGUUUACUAGAGCAGGUGUUUCUUUCAACACUGCACAUUUGAGACCUAUAUAACGAAUGAAAGUUCACAGCAGCUGAGAUUCAUGGGAUUAUUUUGUCAGCUCCAAUCCCUAUCAAUGUAAGGUCGUGUAAAUAGCAGCUCACAAUACUUGUCAUGUCAAAGGCAUGUCAGUAUAGUUUCCAGCAGAUUCCUGUAUACAGUAGAAUCCUGUUAGCUGAAUAGCGUUUGAACUUGAUGCUGAAGUUUAUGGUAACACUUUAUAUGAAAGUGUCUUUUUCAAAUAGCUUAUUAACACAUUAUAGAUGCUUACAAUAUGAGUUGUAUGGUCUUUAUAAUGCAUUAUAGAACAAGUAAUACAGGGCAGUAACAGCAUUUACUAAUGUGUUAUAAAUACUUAAUAGAUGAUAGAAGAAAUCUGUAAUAAAAUAUAAAACUGUAUAUUAGCUGUAACAAAUCAGGACAAAUCACAUUAAACACAAAUGAUUUUCACUUCGUUAUAUGGGUCAUUUAUUUUGCAUUUGGGGCAGCAGUGUGGAGUAGUGGUUAGGACUCUACUCCACACUGCUACUCCACUCUGGACUCUUGACCAGAGGGCUGUGGGUUCAAUCCCAGGUGGGGGACACUGCUGCUGUACCCUUGAGCAAGGUACUUUACCUAGAUUGCUCCAGUAAAAACCCAACUGUAUAAAUGGGUAAUUGUAUGUAAAAAUAAUGUGUA